AUGGAUGAAACACCAACAAAAACGCGUCUUCAGAAGUCUAAAGAGAAGAAAUCAGUAACUGCCGAUGAUGUACCAGAAGCCGGAAAUCCGGCAAAAAAGAAGAAGAAAUCUAAGAAGAAAAAUAAUUCUGAUGAAAAAGGAGAAAGUAAUAGUGACCAACCACUGAAGGAGAUUAAAAAGAAAGCAAAGAAAGAUGUUGUGAAAACAAAGGAAUUUUUAACAUCAUUUUUACCUGCUAAUGAUGAUAACCUGGAAGAUGGAAAAGGGGAAACUGAUGUUGACCAGCAACAAAAGGAGACUAGAACCAACGUAAAGCACGACGCUGCGAAGAAGAAAAAGAAAGUCUCUGAUCCUGAAGCAACCACACCAUCAAGGAAGUCACGGAUAUUGAAAGAUCAGGUAUCACCUAGUUCACCUAAGCCUGAAGCAGAAAAGAAAACAAAGACUAAAAAGAAAGAUGUUUCUGAUCGGCAAGCUAAGGAUCCUGAUAAAGCUACUAAAAGAAAAAAGAAAGCAGAGAAAGCUGCACCAAAGGAAGCUGUCAAGCAAGCUGUUGAUAAGCAAAAGAAAAGAAAAAUAUGUGAACCCAAACAAUCAGAAGACGUGAAAAGGAAGAAGAAGGAGAAGCAAAUUGAAAGCUCUGAAAGUGAAGAAGAAGAUGAAGAAGAAGAACCUGGUCAGCAAUGUUUCGUCUAUCAACCAGUUAAACCUAAAACCAAACCUGCAACUUAG